AGGCCAUGCAGGUAAUAACAUGGGGGACUUAUCCGAACCCAUGACAGCUGCAGACCCUUCACGGCAUCGUCAGGAGCUUACCGAGCGUCUAGAUACCCUGAGAAGAAACGAUAGUUUCUGUGAUGUGACAAUCGCAGUAAAAGGCGAAGAGUUCAAAGCUCACAAAGAUGUACUUGCCGCAUCAAGCCCGUUCUUUCUUUCACUUCUGGAAAGUGGCAUGAGAGAGAGUACCGAACAGUUGAUUAGAAUAGAGCUUGAAGAAGCUACUGCGGCUGUUAUGGAAGGAGUACUAAAGUACAUUUAUACAGGAAAUGUUUUAGUUACAGGGGAAAGUGGUCAUAAUUUGAUUGCAACUGCAGAUUAUCUUCUGCUACCAGGCUUGAAAACAGUGGCUGGUAAUUUCACAAAAGAUACUGUGACUAUCGAGAACUGUGUUUUCAAUUAUUAUUUUGCCAUCAAGUAUCAGUGCCCAGAACUAAGGCAAAAGUCAAGUGAUUUGAUCCGCUCAAACUUUAGUGUUGUCAUGGAGACAGAUGAUUUUUUGAACCUUGAAACAAAUCAAGUCAUGGAAUGGGUGUCUAGUAAUGACGUCAUUGUCAAAGAUGAAGAGGACAUUUUUAAGGGAAUAGUGAAGUGGGUGAACCACAACAAGACUGAAAGAGAGAGAAGCUUUCCUGACUUGUUUCAGGAAGUUCGCUUGUUAUCAUUGUCUCACAAAUUUCUAUUUAAUGAGUUGGUGAAAGAUGAACUUGUGAGAAACAGUAAUGAGUGUUUAAACUUUGUGCUGGCUGGCAUGAAAGGGAUUGUCCUUCCCUCUGACUCAGAAUGUGUUCCCAAGUCUGCAAGGAAAUGUCUUGAGACACACACUGAUGUAAUUUUUGUCACUGGUGGAAUUAUGUCGUUUUGUUAUGUUCCUUCUGAAGACAUAUGGUACCAGUUGGACGACAUGAUAUUUGACCAUAAAGAUCAUGGUGUCAUACAAUUUGGAGACAAAGUUUUUAUUUUCAGCCCAAAUAAUGCAAAGCAUAGGGAAAAUAUUGAUAACGUAACUGAAUAUUAUAGUUCUUCUUCCAAUUCCUGGGGAGCAAUAAGUCAUUCAGUGUCUUGUUUUAGAAGGGGGCUAUCUAGUGUAUUAAAACUGAAUGACUGCAUUUAUAUCUUAGAAGUAGAUGAUGUUACAUACAAAGAAGACAGUAUCCAUCAAUAUUAUCCUGAAGACAAUUUUUGGGAGCUAUUCUGGUUACCUUUAGAUCGAUGGGGAACUUGUGACGUUAGUGACGUGCAACACCUCUACAUAAUUGGCGGCACUAAUUCCGGUGAAGCAAUAAAUGGAACUUGUUCAGUUGCUCGGUUUGGCCCAGAGGGCUUUGAAACAGUUGCAGGAAUGAAUGAAGCAAGACAUAAUGCUUUUGGAGCAGCCAUGAAUGGAAAGAUCUAUGUAGCAGGUGGACUGCAAAGGAAAGAGAGGGGAUGUAAGGUACUUUGCACAUGUGAGGUGUACAGUCCAUCAACUGAUGAAUGGCAAGUGAUUGCAAGUCUCAAUGUGCCUCGUCAUUCUACAAGCAUGUUGUGUUUCAAGGGAGGUCUGUACAUUGUUGGUGGCUUGAGGGAUAACAAGAGAUCAAGAGAGUUGUCAGUGGAAAUGUUCUAUGUUGAGGAAAAUGAGUGGAAGAAGAAAUCAAACAUACCUGUGACCUGUGAACAUGUGGGAGAAGAUGGGAAAAAGCCACUGUACAAGGCUUGUUUCGCAAAUCUUCAUAGAUCUGUGCUAUCAGAACUUAACACAUUAGAAUCUAAAAUAAGUCGUGAUGCCGUAAGGGCACAAAUGAGAGUAUGGUUGCAAGGAUUUAAUUCCUGAGGUUUUCAUCUCAAGUUUUUGAAAGCUUAAAUUUAAGCUCAAGGCAUGGUAAAGUCCAUGUUAAAACCAAGGGGCAAAAAACUUUUACUCAAGUGAUAUUUAAUUAGUUCAUUUUAACGCUGGGUUAUCUCAGUCGUGCUUUGAACAACUGGGCCCUUGAAAGAUAAGCUGCAACAUUUUGCAAAUUUACAAAACAAAAUUUUAGGGUGCAGUGCUAAGCCACCAUCUUAAAUUGCAGAAUUACAUUUGUUCUCAGUUGUCACAUUUUGUUAUGACAUGUGUAGGCUAGGUGGUGUAGUGGUUAGCAUGUUGGACUUUUGAUCUGACAGUCAGAUGCUCAGGGGGUUGUUGGUUCAAGCAAAUUUGAUGUCUGUAUCGCUCUGUUGUUUCCUUAGUCAACAAAACUUUGCUUCUCAUUGUCUCUCUCCUCCCGGUCAAGUGUAUAAUUAAGAAAUAGAAAACAUGUACCAUGUUUCUAUCAAGUUAUAGAAACACUAUUGGAAGUUUGGGGGAAUG